CGGCCAACCGCGCGUGAAUUAAUGAAGCAUCCUUUCAUCAAGAAAGCCCGCAAGACAGCUUAUCUCCAAGAGCUGAUUGAACGUUAUCGCAAGUGGCGGGAUGAAGGCAGUGGACACGAUCCCGACUCAGACUCGGACGACGGUGACGCUCUGUAA